AUGAGCGGCAGUUGCACGCGCCUGCGGGGCUUGAGAGCGCUCAUCAGCUCGUGCGGGAACUGGCGCGCUUCGUGUCACGCCACAGGAUCAACGUCCACGCGCACGCGUUGUCUCGCCUCUUCAUCCGGUGCCGGUGAACGUGAAGAAGGGACGACGGUGGGCGAGAAGGUGGAAGCGCUCAUCCGCCGCGUCGACGAACGAUGGCGCUUCGUCGAGGACCCUGAGGACAUGCGAGGGGUGAUGCAGGCGCUGCGUCACUGUCACGUCAUGCAAAGGGUCGGGCCUAAAAAUCUCAUGCUACGAUUCGUCCUCGCGGAGGACGAUGUGGGCGAGUCUUGGGUGGUUCCAGACGCGAGCACGGCGUAUCCGGUGCGCGAAAGAAUGGCGUCGUCCCGCGCGCGAAUCAUCGAAAAGGAGCUGACACGCGACGCGCAGAAAUUAUUUUACAAAGCUUGUCUGAGCGCAACUUCCGCAAAAACGAUAGAUAUCCCCGCGACGAAUGAUGAUAUCGACGCGACGUUCGCAGAACAAGAUUUCACAUCGAUGCUGGACGCCGCGGUUGAAGCGUCUUUGGAAAAACACACGAAGCGCGUGCGUGAGAUCGAUACGAACGACAACAGCACGACCUCGUGGAUUUUAAAGCCGCGAGACGCAGAUCGUGCGCGAGAGCACGAUGAUUUAAAUGACACCCGCGACAUAUGGUGCGGCACAUCAAGCGACAUCGAACCGUAUGCUCGAAUUCUCCAUAUAUUGAGCGACGGUGAAAUCCUCGCCGCUUUACGGAAAAACGAAGGAAACGAUAACAUAACAUCUGAAAACUACGAAAACGUCAAAAACACGUUACUUAGAGACAUUGGGCACGCGAACGUCGACGGAAACUCGCAGAGGAACGCUUGCGUCGUGCUUCAAAACGUUAGCAACAAAGUUUCGUAUCGAUUGCAUCACGCUCAGCUCCGUCUUCAUCUUUUCAGACAAUCGAUCCUCGAAGGUGGACCCCUUAUCGACUUUAAAUUGAAGAAGAAGAAGAAAAGAAGCGAUUAG